AUGAAAUUGAUCAUCGUAAGCAACAGACUUCCCAUAAGCAUAAAAAGGACCGAAGAUGACUUCGUGUACACCCGGAACAGCGGCGGUCUCGUGACCGGUCUGGUGUGUGUCGCCAAGAGCAUACCUUUCACGUGGAUUGGAAAUAUACCGGGCAACUUUACAAAGGACGAGCAGGAAAAAAUAAAGAAAAAUCUGAGCGAGAACCACUCAAGUAUUCCGCUGUUUGUCCCCGAUGCGCUCAACAAGAGAUCCUACGACGGGUACUGCAAUAAAAUACUGUGGCCUUUGUUCCAUUUCUUCACGGACAUAGUGAUUUAUGACAACUACGAAUAUUACAAAGAGUACAAUGAAAUGUUCUGCAGAACGGUGCUGGAAAAUGCUGGUGACAACGACAUUGUUUGGGUCCACGAUUAUCAUCUUAUGCUGCUGCCGGCACUCCUGAAACGGCAGAAGCCGUCGCUUCGUGUCGGAUUUUUCUUGCAUAUUCCCUUUCCAUCUAUGGAGACGUUCAAGCUUCUGCCUGAGCAUCGCGAAAUUCUUUUGAGCAUUCUCGGGUCCGAUUUGAUCGCCUUUCACACGCUUGUGUACUCGUACAAUUUUAAACAGUGUUGCGAUGCAGUGCUGAGGGAUUUAAGCGAGGAAGAAAAACGGCAGUUAGUGUUCAAGGCACCUGCUGCAAAUAGUGCCGGCUGUACGGAGUGCUCAUCAUCAGAACUUGACCGGGGCCUUAAGGUGCUAACGGUUGUCUGCAGGAAAUGUGUAGAUAAGAUGAACUUGAGCGAGGCUGUAAAGGAGUGCCAGGGAAAUCAAAUGGAUUAUCGGGAAGAGUGUGGCGCGAAAACUAAUCGUGAUUGUCAGGAGUGUGCAUAUGCCGGCGCACAACACGGAUCUGAAAGUCGGGCACAACGCAAGGAAAACAGAGAUGGACGUAAACAACUUAAAGCUGAUGAAAUGGACAGGGCUAGGCUUACAAAACAUUCUAUCACAACAAUUUAUGACGCUUUGAGGAACAGUACGACAUGUGACACGUACCUGCAAAGAGAAAGGACGAAAGAAAAUCAAAUUAAGGAUGUUUUGGCGCUGUCCACAGGCGCAAACAAUACAUGCAUAGAAUGUAUAAGAUUGAACGAGAAUAUGCCAAAAAUAAGCAACCUGAGGUGCAACGAGUGCAAAAACACGGAGGGUAUAGCACAAGAAACAGAUUCGGAGCUUGAAUCGGUCAACGAAGAGAAGGUGCAUACUGAAGAGACAUUUGCCAAUUAUAUAGAACAAGAAAUACAUGUGUGUAAGUGCACAGGGUCACAGACGUACAGAAAUGAUGGCGUUGCUUUGCACGGGAGAGAUGACGCAAAUCGCGGGGUGCCGUUGCGCAUAGAAUGUGAAUUUGGCAGAAUAAAGAUCGACAACCGAGAGAUCGCGGUAAAGCGAAUUCCUAUUGGAAUUGAUCCGAAUCACUUUAAGAACUGUCUUGAGAAGAAAGAAACUGCCGGUUUUAUCAAGAAGUACAAGGACCUUUUUCAGGGCAAGUUCGUGCUUUUGGGAGUGGACAGAGUGGAUUACAUCAAAGGCAUUCCAAACAGAUUUUCGGGCUAUGAACUGUUCCUGAAAAGGAAUCCGGAGAAAAAAACUGUUUUUGUUCAGGUUGGUGUUCCAUCACGGACAACAAUCAAGGAGUACAAUUAUCUUGAGGACACGAUAAUUGGCAAGGUGGGAAGGAUAAAUAGUAAAUACGGUGGCGUGACAGAUAAUCUCGUGUACUACCUGAACAAUAGCAUUAAAUUUGAGGAACUGUGUGCGCUGUACUCAAUUGCCGACAUGUGCCUUGUCAGCAGUGUGCGCGAUGGAAUGAAUCUGGUGGCCCUGGAAUUCGUUGCUUGUUCACAGAACAACGGCAUUCUGGGCCUCUCCGAGUUUGCAGGUACUGCCAGCACGUUGCCAGGUUCAGUUUUUCUAAACCCGUGGGACACAGAAACAAUAGCAAAGGCGAUUGAGGUAGGAAUCGGCAUGGGUCCUGAUGAGCGGAAGAGGCGGUACAAAGUUAACUUGAAGAAUGUAGAAAAUUUUACGGCUGAGAAAUGGGCAGAAACCAACAUCAAUUAUUUGCUAAACCACAAGAAAUAA